GUAACCACAUUUCGCAAUACUAUUGCACUUUCAUUGCAGCAACACUUGGACGCGGCGACUGAGUUCUGGGGCGUAUGUGUGGAGCGAAUAGACAUCAAAAACGUAAAAAUCCCGGCGGAUAUGCAGUUCGCGCUGUCGGCCGAAGCACAGGCCACUCGGGAGGCGAUCGCCAAAUACAUCGCCGCCGACGGAGAAAAGGGGGCGUCGAUGGCGUUGAAGGAGGCGGCGGACAAUAUGGACCCCAUGGCUGUGCAGCUCCGGUUCCUACAAACCUUAAAUAACUCGCUGACCAUCGAUGUGGACGCUGUGGUGCUAUACCGGGUCCACAACUCUAUCGUUGCGGUCACUAAUGUGCGUAACUAUAGGCGGGCGACCGAACUCUUGGCCGCCACUACUGUUCGCAAUCUAUUGGGCACUAAAACACUGACACAAAUACUGGCCGAGUGUUCGCUCAUUAAUGAUGCCCUGAGGUUAAUGCCAUUCAUAGACCAGUACUGUAUAAUCGACUGUCGGAUGAUAUGCUAUGACAUACCGGCGCAGAAAGUGCUGACCAAAGACUCGCUGACCAUCGAUGUGGACGCUGUGGUGCUAUACCGGGUCCACAACUCUAUCGUUGCGGUCACUAAUGUGCGUAACUAUUACUUAAAUUAA